GCGCAGUUUGAAAGUUCUAAGGUUGGUGAAAGGGUGGUGUACUUCCCAUCGUACAACAAAGGGGGGCGCUGCUUCAUUUGUUUUUACAAUGUAGCUCAGAGACAGCUGUUCAGCAGUAAGUUUAGAUUUCAGUUCGAAGGAACCUGCUGUUUAUAAUAAUUUGUUUAUUUUUUAUGUAUGUAAUAUUUAUCCAAUAGACUCAAUAUUUAUAGCAUUCCACUGAACUACAAAAUACAUCGCUUGUCCUGUGGUUAUCCUUAUACAAUGAACUAGGCUAUUUAUAAACUACAAGUUCAUAAACCCUUCCUGUCCAACGCAAAGUUUAUAGAGAAAAACUGUCAUUUAAGGUCACGGGGUCAAAUGAGUGGUGGGUCCACUGUAGUCUGUUUAUGUCGCAAAUGUAAAAUUCAACAAAUGAUUGCAAUCAAUGAAGUCACAUAAUAACACGGUUGAAUUCACUGAUGGAGAGAGAAGUGAAUCAACUGGUGUGUCCAUGUGAACUGAAGUCACUUAAUGAGUUAAAAUAAAUAUUUUCAUCCACAACAUUAUCAUCUGGGAUUAAGGAUAAAUACCUUCAGGGAUAAGUUGUUCCUUCACAGAGAGCGGCAGCAUUAUUAUUUACACACUGCCCUCCCCUGACUCCCUUGCCCACCGUGGCCCCGCCCACCGCUGUAUAAAACGCGUGCAUUUGCGCGUGUGGAGGCAACAAGGUCUCAGACGCCAGGAUGGAAACUCUUCUGCUCCGUGCUGCUGGCACUGGCUUUGAAUCUGUUACUUCUUCAAGAACUGGAACCGAAUGUGGAACACCUCCUCCUUCUUCACCUUCUCCUCCUCACCAUCUUCACCUGCGUCUUGUUCCUUCUAGGUUCAGUGGAAGUCAGGAUUAGCGUAGUCUGGACUGAAGUGAGAAUGAUGACUAUAGAAAUAACGAUGGUGUACGUAUGCGUGUGCGGACGUACUGGAGUAUGAACAUGUUCCAACAGGAGUUGGCACCUCCUCUUUGCUCCUCUGGAUUAUCAUUAUGUUAGCACCAAGGGAGUCAUUAAGAGCCUGGCACGCGUCCUGAUGCACCGUGCGUAAAAGCGUCUCCACAACUAAGAAACAAACAAGAAAGAAACUCAGAAAGUUCAGGACAUUAAUUCAUUCUGAAUUAAAAUGUGAACAAAGAACGGUGCUCCUUGUCUUAGAAACAUCAAAGAGUGGAGUAAACGCCUCAUCCUCAUCCUCCUCACCAUCUCCAGGUGAAUCAGGGUGAAUCAGAACCAACUCUGUUUCCAAACUUGUUUUGUGAUUUAACCAUAAAACAAGUAGAGAGAUUUUUCUCUAAAAAUCCUUUGCUUCUUCUCUGGCAGAAAAUGAGGAGCAGUUUCUUUCGGCUGACAUUCCUUCACCUUUACCUCCUUCUUCUCCUCCUGGCGUGCGUCCUCUCAGUCCGCUGCACUGCUGCUCCCCGCACCUCCUCCUCCGCCUCCUCCACCACCGCCUGCGCCUCUUGCAGCGCGCUUCAGCCGGAAGAUCCAGAGACCGGGCGGCUGGAGGUGGACUUCGUGGAGGCGGUGAAAAGACACAUCCUGAGCAGGCUACAGAUGCGGGAACGGCCAAACAUCACGCACCCUUUGCCCCGGGCCGCCAUGGUUACGGCCCUGCGGAAGCUUCACGCGGGGAAGCUGCGAGAGGACGGCCGCGUGGAGAUCCCGAACCUGGACGGAACUGGGUCCAGCAACGAGGCGCUGCUGGAGGAGAACUCGGAGAUCAUCAGCUUCGCAGAGAGAGAUGAUUUGGUGACCUCCAAGUCCAGCUUGUUUUUUCUGAUCUCUAAUGAGGGAAACCAGAAUCUCCAGGUGGUCCAGGCCACCCUCUGGCUCUACUUUAAGUUGCUGCCGUCUCCUCUGGAGGUACGGCCACGGAAGAAGGUGACAGUGAAGGUGUACUACCAGGAGCCAGGUCUGAGCAGCAGGUGGAACCUGGUUGAGAAGAAGGUAGAGCUGAAGCGCAGCGGCUGGCACACCUUCAUGCUGACCGAUGCUGUGCGGCUGGUGUUCCUGAAGGGGGACCGGCGUCAGAACUUGGACGUACGCUGUGAGGGCUGUGAUUCCGAGGGAGUGAUGCCGGUGUUGCUCCACCGCAACGACGAGUCACACCGACCCUUUUUGGUUGUCAAGGCACGACAAUCAGACACAAAACACAGAAUCAAGAAGAGGGGUCUGGAGUGCGACGGUAGCAGUAACUUGUGCUGCCGACAACAGUUCUACAUCGACUUUCGAGUCAUCGGCUGGAAUGACUGGAUCAUCGCCCCACCGGGAUACUUCGGGAACUACUGUGAGGGGAACUGUCCUGCCUACAUGGCUGGCGUUCCUGGCUCAGCGUCAUCAUUCCACACAGCAGUGGUGAACCAGUACCGAAUGCGUGGCAUGAGUCCUGGUUCAAUGAACUCCUGCUGCAUUCCAACCAAACUUAGUACCAUGUCCAUGCUCUAUUUUGACGACGAGUACAACAUUGUAAAGCGGGAUGUGGACAACAUGAUUGUGGAGGAGUGCGGCUGUGCCUAAAAGCUCUAAUGAGACCCAAUGACACAAUUCCUGAUAGUACUAUAAAAACGGAUAUAAAAUCAGGAUAUUUAUGGACAAUGGCAAAGUCCUUUUUACACACACUCAUUUACAUCUGCACAUAAACUUGUAUAUAUACAUAUAUAUUUAUGUUUGUUCAGAGGUUUUUCUAAAAAAAAAAAAAUAGCAGGAAGACUUUUCUGAUUCCUUAACUUUGAACCAGAUAAGAAACUUCCAAACGGCUAAAUGUCUACUCUUUAAAAGUUUUUCUUGUCAAGACCUACAGGUCUGGUUAAAGAACAGAACCAUAGCAUCUGUCAUACUACCGUUCAUACUGUCCCUUACAUGGGCUCAAACAAAAAGUUUACGAUGCCUCCUUCAGGAAAAACAGUUUGUAUGAUAAACGAUGACAUCGUCAGCCUAAAGAAGGACCUGGCUGUAGACCAAAUGUUGGAUAUUUUUUCCUUUAAAGUUCAAACAUGGAUAGGACAUGAUCAAUCCUCCACCUAACAUUUGACCAUUCCUGUUUUUUCUGCGCAUAAAAACACAGACACAUGUAUUGUAACUAAUGGAAGUUCUUUUCUGAUCUUCCAAUAACAAAAUCUGGUACAAAGGCAAUAGCAAAGAGGCCCAGAGAUCUUCCUCAGACUUUUCUCAAAGGUUUCCCUGGUGUUGGUGCUAAAUCUUUGUCUAAAUCUUGCAUUGAGAUCAGAUCAAGACAUUUGCGUUGGCACGUACGUAUGACUACUCUAGUCCUGGCACCUGUCAAACCCUAUAAUGGAACAUAUAUUUCAAGCAACUAACGCCAAGAAAUGGACAGAUCCUGAACGACCGGACACAUUGUCUUCCCAACAUGUUUGUGAAGUUUAUUUCAAAUCAAGAAACCAGCGAGUGUCAUCAGGGAAAGGAUGUGGCCAUGUUGUUGUAAAAGUGAGGCCUUGCAAGCCAACUGAAAAUAGGUCUCCUAGCUUUGGUUGAAUUCUAGGAUUAUUGGGAAAGCAGUCAGGUUCUCUUGUGGUCAUUUUGCCUCUGUAUCAGAUUACAGUCAAAUUUCAUCUGAAUAAUGUCCUAUAAUAUGCAUUUUCAGAAUGACCUCUGUUUAAUGGUGGCCUGUUAGGAUCCUUUGCUGUGUCACUGGAUUGUUCUGUCUGGUGGACGGAUCGCCCUGGGAACCACAGCGUGAGUCAAUAAAAUGUCACGGUUCCAAGUCUGACCUGGUCUUCAGGCUACAUUCAAAACACAAACCAAAUCCAAUCCAUUUUACUAUGAAUCUGAAUCCAGAACCUUAUUUACAUUACAUUAAUUUGGCAUUUGAAGGAAUCGUUCUACAGACCAGAACUACACUAAUUCAAAUCAAUCCAGACUGGAACGUCUACAAGACCGCUUGCCUUUUCCUUUUUACUAACAGCUUUUGUUUUGACGGACCAAACUAUUCCAGUGACUGUAUCUGAGUGUGGUUGAUAUUCCAUGAUCUUGAAACUACAAUUGUCUGAAUAAUCUGUUUUAGCUAAUGUUUGGAUUUUAUUUUUAAUCUUCUUGAACAAGCUUCUCAGUCCAAAUACUUUGAUAAUAGCACUUGCAGGUUAUAAAUGCCUUGUACAAGCACUAGGGGGCUCUUCACUGCCCAAUUAAACAAUAUUAAUCAUUGAAAGUGCCGCAUGAGCUAUGCAAAACUCUUGUCUGUACAUAGAGUGAUGAGCAGAGACAGUAGUGGGCGCCAGUGAGUCCAAGACACUGAUGGGCAGCAUAAACUGUUUAACUUAACCCACUUAGUCAGGUGGUGUCUGGUAUCUACAAUGUGGGACACGAAUUUCAACAGGUCAAUUACCGGUGUGACGGUGGUCAAAACACCAGGACUACAGCAAGAAUGAUUGACAGGAGCUACAGAUAGCUCCAGCAACUGUGUUUAUUUUGCUACAUCAAGUGGUAUCCUUAUCUAUGUUAUUUCAGAGAAAACCCUGAUACAAAUGACUGAAGACAGAACAGGGAACCAUUUGUUUUAAGAUGUAACAGAACGUGUAAGUAUCAGUAACACGUUACUCUGCCUGACACACAGACCACGACAUGAAAUAAAGCAAAUUGGUGCUGGUACUGAGAGCUCCUGGUACUACGAGUGUGUGGAAUUCAAAGGUCCUGGUAUGAAGUCAAUGGUACUACAAGUUUCUGGUAUUAAAAGUUACUGGUACUGUUGCUGUGUAGAAAGGUCAGUCUCUGCUCGUUGCCCAGACAUCUUCAAGCCAACCAUUUUAGAUGAUUUGCACUGAGGACUAGAAAUAAAAUAAACUUUUAAAAAAUUAAGAAGAAAUAAAGAAGAAGCUGAGGUUGAAUUAAAGGGAAAAGUUAUUUUUUAUAGAAAUAAAGUGGAGUUUUGUUUGAAUAAAGAACCAAAGAGGCUCAAGUUUAGUUUGUCUGAUGUUUAAGGCCUAAGCACUGUAUCAGGAACAGAUAAUCCUAAUCCUAAUCUCCAGCCCAGUCUCAGUCCACCAUCUGAUUAAUGUAUUUUUGUUAUUUUGUAUGUAGAAAAUUUCGUAUUUUUCAUUAAAGGACUUGUUUUCUUAUUUAUGUUGUUAUUUUUUGAUUGAGAUGUUUUGUGUUUAUUAUUAACCACUUCAACAAAAUCUAACCCAUCCCACGUGACAAAACUAGUCGAGUUCAGUUAUGGACCACAGGAAACAACUGGUCUUCAGAAAGUAAAAAAAAAAAAUACAGGUCUUGAUCUUCAGGUCUACAUUGAUCUUCAGAAACAUUCCACUCAGUUGAUACAUGAUGGCAAAAUAAAGUUAAUAUUUAGUAACUGAGUAACAAUAUAACCAUAUUUAGUGUGUAGAGGGUUUGUGGGCUACAUUCAAAUACAUUUCAACCCAAACUGUCCCUCUUCUAUAGCAUGAGCGUGACGUGAGUUGAAAGACAGACACCCGAUAUCAGCCAUGGUAACAUGUAAGACGCUGUAUACCAGAUGUGGCCCAUAAUCCAGGCCACUGGACACUAGA